AUGCGAGCUUUGGUAAGUGUACAGUUGAGAAGAGAGCCGGCGGUGUGGGAGCUGUUCGCUGUGGUGGUGAAGGGUGGCCCCGAGUUGGGCGGCAAUUCUGAGUUUGAUGUCCAUUCUGAGUUUGGUGUCCAUUCUGAGUUGCCUAGUAGUUCAGGGCAUCCGAGAGAGGAGAGGGCGACAAUGGAAGAGCGGCUGGAGUUGCCGGAGGAAGCGCAUGUGUCUUUGAGGAGCUACAAAUGGAAAGUCUGUUUAGUGGCACGAGAACUGUGGCGAAGGUUUUUUCCACUGGUUAAGGGCGGUGAAGGUGGGAGUAACGUAUACGUUGAGUUGAAGGAGGACUUGAACUCCGAGAGAGAUGUCUUUAACUAUCAGGACGUGAACCAGCACGAGUACCACGGUGGGAGGAAGAAGGGUGGACCUGCACGUGUGCGGUUAUGCGACCGGUUGGUAUUGAAGGUGGGAGCAACCGCUCUCGGUUUGACUCUAGUUGGUUUUGUAAUAAAAGACGUAUGGACGCCUUCGGAGUCGUCGCCACCGCGACUGGUUUAUUACAAUACGAACCAUUGUACGCAGUUCGGUAAUAGGACGGGAAACUUUACUUUCACACAACAAGUGAUGGAAGAUGUUUGUCAUGGUGGUUCAGGUGGAUUGGUGUGUGCUCGCCAAAAUAAAACGGGUAAAUAUGUAGGCUGCCAUGUGUUCGAAAACCGGCACGCAAUGCUCAGACUUUGGGAUAACCUCCUAAAACAAUCAGACACGAUAGGCUGCGAUAAACCUACUGCAACUUCGUUACAUUGA